AUGGGACCAGAAAACCGCCAGAAGCUGGCAAAUACAUUUAAGAGGCCCACAAAAUGGAAGGACUACUGCCUACUUGUUUCUCCCGACCACUGCAACACUCCUGACAGCGUGGCACAGCGGCCACCCACAGUUGAAGAAGAGUCCAGUUACUUUGUGGAAGGUUCCUACACAGGCUACUUUCGAGCCACAGAGAAGAACAAUUGUGACCUGAACAACUCCACAUUCAAGUGCACUGGCGAGUUUAUUGACUAUCCCUGUGGUUGGACCAGUUAUGCUUAUGCCAUGACCCAUCAUUUGGAUAUUGCCUUGGAAGGAAGUGGGGAUGAACCUGUCAUCCAUGGAUACUCAUACCGGGAAAUGGGUCAAAUCUGGGCUGCUGCCAAUGCCACAAGAUCUCAUGUGAUGAUGCAAUCAUGGAAGCCAGAUACGCUAUACCAAUCAUGGGUUGGCACUGAAGCUGCCUGGGUGAGGGUAGAUUUGCCCAUGCCCACAUUGGAAUGCCUUGAGAACCGUCCACCAAGGGAACUCCGCUGCGAUCCUGAGGCUGACCCCACAGAGCGAUUUGGGUCCCCUUUGGGCACUUGUGACUAUCACACAUCCUUACUUGAACGGAUGGUGGUGAAGAAGUUACACACUGAAACGUUUGACCCAUCCAUUUCACCAGAAAAGCGUAGCCCUGGCUAUGACCUCAUUCGAUCGUUCACAAUCAAUGAGCUCCAAAUGGGGCAAAUCAUGGACUACUGGACAAAAAUGGAAGAUCCAAGAGAGGCCACCUGUCAAUGGGUUGUGGACAACUUUGACACCUUGGUAACAACUGUUCCUCUCACUUAUCCACGCACUAUCAAGGCAACAAAUGACCAUUUGGAAGGACCUCUUUUCUAUUCAUCGCUCACUCUUGCCAUCCUGGCCAUAGUCAUGGUCGUCAUGGCUGCUGUUGUGACUUAUUGGAAGAGGGGAACAAAGGCAAUUCAGUUUGCCCAGAUUGAGUUUCUUUGGAUUAUAUUGACUGGUCUUCUCAUGGUUUCAAUUGGAUCUAUGAUCAUGGUUUUGCCAGUCCAUAGUGAUGGGAUGUGUGUGGCGACUGUUUGGUUGGUGGUGCUCGGAUACACGUUUGAGCUUAUUCCACUCCUUGUUAAAGUGUCGGCUUUGAACAAGCUGAUGCGGGCUGCCAAGAAGAUGAAACGUGUAAAGCUGGAAAGGAGCUGGCUCUUUGGUGCCGUGUUUGCGAUUGCCUUUGCCAUGGUCGUGUUUUUGGUGGUUUGGACAGCAGUCGAUCCUGUGCAGAGAUUGAUUGCCCAUGAGCUGACAACUGAAGAGACAGAAGCAGGUGAAACCAUUGUGGCUGCCCGGUACUAUUGUGCCUCUGAAUCAGAUGGUUGGCGUUACACCUGGGUGGCAGUGAAUAUGGCCAUGCUGAUUUGUGCCACAGUCCUGGCUGUCCAGACAAGGAAUGUCCGAGACGAGGUGAACGAGUCUCUCACAAUGUCGCUGAUGAUUUAUGCACAUUUCCUCUUCAUGGUACUCCGGAUGGUGUUGGUUGCCAUUGAGAGUAUCGCUGACAUUUGGCAACUGCCUCUUUACAGGAGCAUUGUCUUCAGUCUGGAUGCCAUGUUCUCUUGUGGCGUCUACUUCUUGCCCAAGUUCUUCCCAAGAAACCAGGGUGGCCGAGAAGUCCUUCGAUCGACGUUCCGUUCCUCUGCUGUGAAUUCACAAUUCCGCGACAGUGUCAUGACUGCACCGUACGGCCUUUCGUCGCAAGUUCGCGACAGCGUGAUACCGGGAGAUCCCCCAAAGAGUUUGAUGGAUUCGAGUGCGAAUUCGACAUCUCACAGACGAUUGAGCCUCCUCGAGAACCAAAAGAGUACGCUCGAUUCGAGCGCGAAUGCAACAUCUUGCAGACGGCUGAGCCUCCUCGAGAAACAAGAAAAGAGUUUCGCCUCGGUAGGUUCCACGGCGCCGAUGCCUAAUGUCGAUUAUUCCCCUGACGCCUCUAAAGAGCUUGAAAAUCUCGUACGGGCCGAAAGCCCAAGGACCUCUAGCGACAGCCCAUCCGCCGCUAUGAACCAGUCCCGAGUGGUUUUUGACGAUGAGGUAUCAACAUGA